GGGUGCUCUCGUUUGGACUCUGUAUGCCUCAACUACGAUCCCAUACAUUUUACUAUUCAUUUCUUGCAGGAUGUCUACGACAGAAACGAUGGACCUAAUAGCUGACGACGAUAUUGACACAGAAACAUUGCAGGCCCAAAUCAAUAUGUCCAUGUCAUUUGCAGAAGAUCUAGUCUCAUCGUGGAUACAGCCUGCACAUAAAGCUAAUCUCAGCAAAGGCGCAGUGGACGCUCAAAAGUUACUCGACGAGCAACUACGUAGACCUCCUAGACUGGGUGUUGGUGCUCCGAUACCGGAAUCUUCUACAACAGCUCGUGACGCUGCGCGUCUAAAGCAUCACUUGAUAGGGAAAGGACUCAAGCGCACCCCCAAAGAUGAUAACACGCUUAAUACGGAACAUCCUUCAGAAGACGAAGAAAGAAGGGGAGGGACGGUUAGAAAGAAAAUGAAACUUGAUCCGUUCGCAGUAAGAUCGAAGACGAAAGCGAAGAUGCUUGGGACCUCUGUCACGCAAUCAACCCAUAAGCCGAGUUCCCCGCAUCGGCAGGCGGGUGGUGGGGAUAACAAGACCGGGGGUGAUGAUGAUUUGGAACAAGGACGCCACGUUACUUUCAUAUCGUCCUCACUUGAAGCGAGUAAAUCACCUCCGUCUGCGAAAAAGAGGGGGAAGAAACCACGGAAGCGCUCUGCUACUGACAGCGAACGAAGCAUGAGCUUCCACGAGCAGGCGAUCCCCCAUUCGCAGUCUAUUACCACCCCAGACCGAUCCGGCAAUCAAAAUCUCUCUGUCAAUUCACCUCCUCUCGGCGGUAAACCGUCUUCCGUCUCAUUUUCGACAUCCGGUCCAUUUUCAAUGGCUGCUUUGCAAACAGAGUUGAAACGGGAUGGCGAACUGAAUAUCCCGGAUAUUUCGACUCAAUAUCCUUCACCACUUCCGCAUGCACCUCGUCAUCCAGAAGCUCUGCGUUUAACGGUUCCGCUGCUGAAUCUCGACGGACCGCCGGACCGAGGUGAUGGAUCCGGUAAGGAUGACAACCCGGAUAGUUCCAAGAAGAAGCGCAAAAGGCGCAAAAAGAAAAAGCAUCCUUUUCAAAGUUGACGCGGAAAGUUAAAUUCUCGCCUAUACACUUCGUAAUUGCCCAUGCAGAUCUAUAUCUCGCAUCCACGAGUAUCCUAUUUUCAUAUCUUCCAUCUACUGAAGCCAAAGCACCCGACCCGAGACUGUCAUGUGCCUGGCGAUUUAUUGCAUAUUGUUGAAAUCUAGUCCAUCACAUUGUCACGUCCUUCAUGCACAAACAUAUCGAGCCGAGUUGACCGUCAUCGAGUCUAAUCAUUAUAGUUUCGACUAUC